AUGAGUAGCAGCAUCACUGUCAAUGCCAAUCUCUCGCAAAUCUCGUUAUUUCGGUUAGAGUUCGCGCCACCCAAAUCUAAUCUUCCCUCAAAAUCCCACUUUAACAUCGCUACAAAACCACUACUCACAAGAAUUUCUUGCACUCGUCUUCCCCAGAACACCCCAACUCAACAGCAGAUCAAUCUCUCUGUUCUUCGCUUCACACUCGGGAUACCUGGUUUGGAUGAAUCAUAUUUACCCAGAUACAUUGCCUAUACAUUUGGGACGCUUUUGAUGUUAAAUCAUUUUGUGGGCUCGGAUUUGUCUUCCAUUACUUCAGCUCAGCUUAGAUCAGAAGUUCUGGGUCUUUCUUUGACUGCGUUUUCUGUAGUCAUUCCCUAUCUUGGAAAAUUUCUCAAGGGUGCUUCUUCGAUUGAUCAGAAGAGUAUACCUAAAGGAGCGGAGCAAAUCUUUGUCAUGUCCCAAAACAUUUCAGAUACUCUGAAGGAAGAUUUGGCUUGGGGAACGUACAUUCUAUUGCGUAACACAAACUCGAUAUCCAUGUUCAUCGUAGUUCAAGAUGCGUUGUGUGUGCGUGGCUACUGGAACACGCCCAGAGACGUCUCAAAAGAAAAUGCGCUUGAUUGGUUUAAGAAACAGAUACAGCGAUUUGGAUUCUCCAACUUGAAGGAUACCAUUUACUUUCCACAGGUUGCAGAUUCCGAACUGCUGGGGAUGCUUCCUGAGGGGACUCGUACUCUACUUGUACAACCUAUUUUUCACACUCCAAAACUGAGCUCCAAUCAACCAGAGAAGGGUGAGGGUUUUGUACUGCUGGCUUCUACUGUUGAUUAUGCAUAUAGCGAUAAAGAUAAAGCCUGGAUAGUAGCCAUUUCCAACAAGUUUAGAGGUUUCUGUGCUUUUAAGGCGGAGAGUCUUUGUAUUGCACAAGAAUCGAAAAUGAUGAGAAAGAAAACUAGAAGAAAUGAGCUGCCACAUAUGAGCGGUGGUUCCUCCGCGGCUGCCGGCGCUGAUAAUGAAUGGGAGCUGAGGCCCGGCGGAAUGCUAGUUCAGAAACGGACAGGCGCUGACCAAAACCUCGUACCACCACCCAUGAUCAGGGUUUAUGUCAAAUAUGGGUCAAUUAAUCACCAAAUCCGUAUUAGUUCUGAAGCCAGUUUUGGGGAGUUGAAGAAGAUGUUAACAGGGCCAACAGGUUUGCAUCAUCAGGAUCAGAAAUUAUAUUACAAGGAUAAAGAGAGAGAUUCCAAAGCAUUUCUUGAUGCUGCAGGAGUUAAGGACAAGUCCAAAAUUGUUCUAGUUGAGGAUACCAUUGGCAAAGAGAAGAGGUAUUUGGAGAUGAAGAAAAAAGCGAAAAUCGAAAAAGAUAAGAAAUUAAUAUCGGAAAUCACCUUGGAGAUCGAUAGGCUUGCUCGACAGGUUUCGUCGCUUGAAUCUGUAAUUUCUCGAGGAGGAAAAGUGGUUGAAAAAGAUGUGAUAAAUCUGAUUGAGUUGCUGAUGAAUCAACUUCUUAAAUUAGAUGGUGUCAUUGGAGAUGAUGAUGUGAAAUUACAAAGAAAAAUGCAGGCGAAAAGAGUGCAGAAGUAUGUUGAAACACUGGAUAUGUUGAAGAUCAAGAACUCUAUGACAACAUCAACUCAACAGAAGGUUUACUCAAGUGGGCUCGUCUCAUCACCACCGGUUCAUCAGAAUAGGUAUUCAAACCCGAGCAUUUCAACUCCGCUUCAACAGCAACAAGCUAAGCAUUCGUUAAUAGAUUCACUAAAGCAACCAUCGAGUCACUUGGCCACAGAACCUGUUGUGAUUACCAUGCAAUGGGAAACUUUCGAUUCUACACCCCCACGAAUCCCAGGUGCCCCCUCGGCAAGCACAAUAAAUCCGGCGCAGACUAGCUUGACCUGGGAUUUAAUUUGA